AUGCGUCAGACAACUGAGUUAAAGUCGAGGAUUUCCUCGUUGAAGGUGGCCACACCCAAUGAACAUCCGCUGAGCCAGGACAACCUUAAAAAUAGAGAAAAGGAAAGACAGUCCUUCGGUUCGGAUGACAAAAGGAAGUCCAUAACCAUAAAUUUUUGUAAUGUUUUAAACACACAACAGUUCGAGUGUCAUCUUCAUGAUUUACCAAUUCCAUGGCGGCUGGCUGGAGAAAAGGAGGAGGAACAGUCCUUCAGCAAUAUCGUCGCACCCAUGGAAGAAUACCAGCGACUGCUGGCAGAAUUUAGUAAUUCUGAUUUGAGCAGCAUAUCUGAUGAUGAUGAUGACUGGCCUUCAUCUCCACUUCGGCGCAGAGAACUCUUUCAUGAACUAUGUGCCAACACUGAGAGUUCAGCAUCUGAGUCUGAUGAAGAGAACAACAGAGAUGGAAAUGUUACCACCAGGUCCCCUGAAGUUACAAGUAGCACUGCAGCUGCCCAGACUGGACCCAGCAGAAAUCUCAAUACUAAUGGAUGUCAUCAUUUCAGGAGAAAUAUAAACUUCAAUCACAGAUUUACUGUAGAUGUUGAUAAUCAUUUUCAGGGAACUAAUUUUCAACCCACAGUUCUCUCCCCUGUAGAUUAUUUCAUGGCUUACCUCUCACCUGAAAUUUUAGAUGCAAUGACUCUAGAAACACAGAAAAAGUACAUGUCCAAAAAAGGAAAGCCAUUAUCACUAACAGUAGAUCAAAUGAAAAAGUUUAUAGGAAAAAAUUUCCUUAUGUCAGUGUUAAAUUCCCUAGAAUUAAAUGUACUGGCAAAAAAACAAGGAUUUCUGUUAUAG